AUGCCCACAGACCGUGGCUUCUCGCUGAGUCACCAAAAGGUGGCGCUCGAGCUCAGUUUUCGCGGUGGCCUCGCCGGUUACACGGAGCUGGCCGUGACGCCGACCCAUGCCGACCUGCGGCACAUUUAUUUGCACGCGCGAAGCAUGGAAAUUCAGCGCGUGCUGUGCAACGAAAAAGUGGCAAGCUUCACUCACACAGAUGCGCAUGCGACUCUCACGCCGCUGAAAGACGUUCAUGGGCACGCGCAAGCUAAGCGUGCUACCUUCUCCGCCACUAGCCAAGCGGCUGAGGGCGAGCUGCAAAUCACUCUGCCCGACGGCGUGCGCGCUGAGCGCGUGCCUGGCAGCACCGAUGGCAGCGAAGACGAAUAUGCACCGAUCACUGUGCGCAUCGACUAUAUCCUCGCUGAUGUGCAAGAGGCCAUCCAUGUCGUGGUGCCGACGGCCGAGGCGCCGUAUCGCGUACCCCACCUGUAUACCCGCCCUACCGGCCCAAACAGCGCGCGGUGCUGGGUGCCGUGCGUUGACUCGCUUUGGGACCGGUGCACAUGGGAGCUUGAGUUUGUCGUGCCGCGGACGCUCGCCACGGACGCACCGGACGACGAGCCCGACAUGCUCGUUAUCGCCUCGGGCGAGCUGACGGAGCAUGCCGUGCAUCCCCACGAUCCGACCAAAUCCAUCUUCUACUAUACGCAGCCCGUCGCCACGUCUGUGCAGCAUGUGGCCUUCUGUGCGGGCCCCUUUGUCCUCGCGCGCCUGUCGCCGGCCGGCACGGACGGGUGUGAGGCCCUUGCCUUCUGCUUGCCUGCGCACGAGCAUGAGCUGCGCACGACGGCGCAGUUUACAUGGCAGGCCAUCGAGUUUAUUAGCAGCGAGUAUGGCUCAUACCCGUUCGCCUCGUUCAAGCUUGUGUUUGUGGACGACACCCUUGUCGACUGUCACCCCGCAUGUACGCUGGCCGUGUGCUCAAGCGACCUGCUGCACCCUCCAUCGGUGAUCGACCAGGCAUUUGAGAACCGGCACAUUCUCAGUCACGCCGUGGCGUUCCAGUGGGUCGGCAUCAACAUUGUGCAGAAGACAUGGGCGGACACGUGGCUGAUCCACGGCCUGAGCCAGCACCUGGCGUCCAUGUUCCUGCGGCGUCUCCUUGGCAACAACGAAUACCGCUUCCGCAUGAAAAAGGACUGCGACCGCCUGUGCCUGUGGGAUAUUGGCAUGCCACCGCUCUAUCAGGUCGGCCGCGACGAGCCACUGGACGCACAGCUCCUGCCGUUUGUGAAUCUCAAGGCACCGCUCGUGCUCUACCUGCUAGACCGCCGACUGUGUAAGAUGGGCGCAUCGCUGGGUCUGGGCCGUGUGAUUCCCAAGCUGUUCCUCCAGGCCAUUACCGGCGAGAUGACGAACAAUGCGCUGGGUACGCACAGCUUUCUGCGUACCUGCAAGAAGGUAAGCGGCGCUGACCUGCGCCUGUUUGUUGAUCAGUGGAUCAAUGGCAGUGGCUGCCCUCGCUUUGUGUGCACGGCGACUUUCAACCGCAAAAAGUUGCUAAUCGAGAUGCAUGUGCGCCAAGAGUCGCCUGCCGCACUAUACGCGCAGGCGCGCCCGGAAGAUGCACUACUCUCGAACCCUGUGUCACUCUGGGAGGGUCAGAUGACCGUGCGUAUCCACGAGGCGGACGGCACACCGUACGAGCAUGUCCUCGACAUCAAGAAUGAGCACCAGCGCUACGACGUGCCAUUUAACACCAAAUACAAGCGCGUGCGCCGUAAUACCAAGCGCUUCCAGGCGCGCCAAGCGGCGGCGGCCGCGGCCGCCGCCGGCGACGAAGACGCUGCCGAAGCAAUCGGCAUGAUGGAUCUGGGUUUUGGGCUCGGUAUGUGGGAGGACGAGAACGAGCGUGAGCGCUGGAAAGUGGCCGAUUGGACUGAGGAGGACGAGGCGAUUAUGGCCUCGGCGCCGUACGAGUGGAUCCGCCUCGAUGCCGACUUUGAGUGGAUGGCACAGAUCCAGUUCGAACAGCCGGACUACAUGUGGGUAUCGCAGCUGCAGCGUGAUCGCGACGUUGUUGCACAGCUCGCCGCCGUUCACGCACUGAGCCAGAUGCCCAGUCUGAUCACAAGCAUGCUGGUCACCAAGUACUUUUACCGCAUUCGCGCCGAGGCUGCCUACGGUCUUGCCAACUGCGCACUCCCGCAUCUUGACCUGCUCGGCCUCUUCCACCUCUUACUGCUCUUCCGCACAAGCUACUGCCUGGACGUGCCCGACGGGGGCGAUCCCACCGCCCUCGAUGCCCCGUGCAUUCCGCGCCCCAAUGACUUUAGUGAUAUGGCCGACUAUUACGUCCGUCGCGCCCUCAUCCAUGCGAUUUCGCGUGUGCGCGACCACCGUGGGCGCGCGCUGCCGAUCGUGCAGCGUUUCCUAAUCAAUCUGCUGCGGUACAAUGACAACUCGACGAACCGCUUCGUGGACGACUACUACUUGGCCAGCAUCAUCAAUGCCCUCGCGAGCACCUUGAUUCCCGUCGACACCACCGGUUAUACGACGCAUGCCGACGAAGUCUACACGGACGAGGAGCUUACUCUGCGCCAGCUCGCGACACAAGAGGUCGAACGGCUGCAGGUGCUGGACCGACUCGUGCCGUCGUUCCACAAUGUCGUGACGCUCGCCGCGCUCGACUUCCAGCUGGCGCUCGUGCUAGCGAACUUGCGGCCCCUUGACCUGACGCACUUUGUCGAGUACACGCGUGAGGGUAACUGGACCGCGGUGCGCGUCGCCGCGUUCAACGCUUUGCUCCUCUUGCGAGGCUUGCAACAUAAGGUGCUCACGCGCUACUACUUUGCGGUACUCAGCUCGGACGAGGACCCUGUAGUGCGUAUGCAAUUGGCACGCGGUCUAUGUGACGCGCUCGCUGUCGCAAUGGCCACUGGUGAGCUUGGCGUGGCGUGGCAGCGGCCGGAGAUGCUGCAAGAAGGUGAUCCGCGCGAUAACGUAGCGGAGCAGGAGUCGCUGCUGGCCCAAGAGGCGGCACAAGUCGAGCAGGUCGUCAAAGUGCUGCGCCGCGAGAUUGGGCGGUCAGCAUCUGUACGCGAUGGGUUCCUGGCCGCAUUCCAGGCUAGUCGGGACCAUGUCGACACGCACCUUGCACUGAUGCGUCUCGCGGAACUCCUGUUCAAGGGCACCGAAGAUACCAAGGCGGCGAGCGACCGCGCGGCAGUGGCUGCCAGCGACGAGCAUACGGGUGUGAUGCGGAUUCGACUCCUAAUCAAGAAUGCGCCGCAGCAAGAAAAGCGGCCGGCCCACCCGCUCAAGGUUGUGCUACCCAAGGCACCCAAGCCAAAGAAGCCCAAGGCACCCGAGCCAGGGCAGGCGCUGGGCAUGUCUGCUUCGGACCUGAGUGCUUGCCGCACCUGUAUUCACAAGCUCAUGGCUAACAAACACUGCGAGCCGUUUACGCGCCCUGUGGAUCCGGUGCGAGAUGAGGCGCCAGAUUACUUCGACGUGAUUAAAGAGCCAAUGGAUCUUAGCUCAGUAUCGAACAAGCUCCAGUCGGGGCAGUACAAGGACCGCUUCCAGUUCAAGGAGGAUGUGGAACUGAUAUUCCGCAAUGCCAAGACAUACACGCCUGAUCCCAAGGCGUGGAUCUAUUACGAGGCGUCGCGGUCUGAGUCAGCAUUCCGCCAGCUAUGGAACCGGAUUACCAAGACACUUGAGCAGGCGGCGGCGCGCGCUGAGAAGGCCCAAGUAGAGGAUACACCCGAGGAGCCUGUGGCCCCGCCAGCCGACGAGGUGGAGGCGCCGCCUGUGAGUGCGCCAAGUACAGAAUCAAGAACCAGUGCAUCGCCAGCCCCUAAGAAAAUCACCAUCAAGCUCAACCGCAAGGGCGAGAAACGAGAGGCCAGUGAGGCGCCGGCGCGCCCUGUGCUCAAGAUCAAGCGGGCGCGCACAAGCGAGGCGUCUUCUCCGUCCGGGGACGCAGUCGAGGCGCCAUCUGACACGCCGAAAGUGCCCCACGCGGACCCUGGCCACCUGAGCGAGGACCCGGUGCUGCCGGGCGAGGCAGACAUGCCCCUCCAACCGAAGAAGGCGCGCUCCGUGCUGCAGACGGUGUCCAAGACAAAAGAGGCGGUAAUCUUCUUGCAGCCGAUCGACCCUGUGCGUGACCAGGCGCCUACGUAUUAUGAGGAGAUCAAGCACCCAAUGGACCUGAGCACGAUCGGUGCGAAGCUUAAGCAGGGGCAGUACAAGACAAUGGGCGAUUUUGCGUCAGAUAUGCGUCUCAUGUUUGCCAACUGCCGCCAGUUUAACCCACCGGGUACGGUGCCCGCCCUGAUGGAGCAGGCCGUCUCACGCGUUUGGCGACGCGAAUGGAGUCGCGCCAUGGUCCGCAAGCUCGAAUACUCGCACAAGCGCUCGCUGCAAAGCAUGAUGGGGCGCCUGAAGCAGCUCCCGUCAGGUGCUUUGUUCCUAUAUGCAGUCGACCCUGUGGCGCUGGGCAUCCCCACUUAUUUCGACGUGAUCCCGAAGGAAAACGCUCGCGACCUGACGCUCAUUAGCCAAAAGCUGCGUGCCGACCAGUACGACAGCAUCGAUGCUCUCGAUGCAGACAUUCGGCUGAUGCUGCACAACUGUUACACAUUCAACGCGGGCGAUGAGCGCAUUUGCGACAUUGCUCGUGCAUUUGAAAAGGCGUACCAGCAAGAGAUCCACGCGCUCCGCCAGGCGAUGGAGGCGUAG